UAAAAUGAAUGGAUACAUUGACCUUAUUAUUUCAAACUUAGAGAAAAAGGAAGCUAUAAAAGUUACAAGUUUAAAACAGGGAGUUAGUUUAGAGCAAUCUAACGCAUUGUCGGCGAAAUUAAUCAGCGUUGUCGAGGUCGCAAAGAGGAACUUCAAACCUGUACAUCAAUACACGAGAUUAGUUGAACAUCCCCAAGUCAGAAAGACGCUGUCUGUUACAGAAAUAUUAGAAGGGAAGAGUCAGAUGAUUUCACCACCAGCAACUAUUGAAGUCAUACUCAGCAGUCAACCAUUAGCACUCGAUGAGAGUGAGGGCUAUUCAUAUCAAACAUAAGCAGUUCUAUUAUACCAAAUGAAAAAAUUUAUAUAUCAAUUAGCGAUCUAUCGACAGCUUCCUCUUCGGACUCAUUGUCAACGUCAUAAGGCAAAAGUGAUGCAACUUUUGAUCGUCAUUAGUUUGUAAAGACUCAAUAGCUGAUGUAUACUCACAAGUCAAGUAGGAGGUAUGACCUCUUGUGUCCAUGAACGGCCGACUCAAUAGUGUAGAUGCAUCUUGAGGUGCCAGUUGUUCAAAUUUACGUUUGGGUGCUUGUUGUGGUGUCUCAGUUUCCUCACUUUUUACAUCAUUUUCACUUGGUUCAGUCUUCUCAUUUAUCUUCAAUUGCUUAUUGUGCUUCGCUUGUGCAGAUGAUAUCUGCUGCUGCCUUCUAAACUCUUUCUUUUCAAGGAUGUGCUUCAGCUUGGUCGUAAUAUCAUUGACAGUUGGUACUUGAUUAUAAGAGGUGUCAUAAUUUCUAGUUAGAACUUCAUAGGUAGUUAUAUUAGCGAAGUGUUCAUCAUUAAGUGAUUUGACUGUCUUUAAGACUUGUUCAAUACAUGGACUAAAGCAGCAGAUUCUUCCAACUUUGUCUUUACGAAGUGAUUUCUUUCCAUGGGGGAUGGCUAACCAGGGCAUUGGUAGAUCCAGGAAAACAGCAUCAACUGAAUCGUUCAACUGAUCAGUGAAGCCAAGUUUGCAGGCGUCUCUAUUAUAAACAGUGAUGAUAUCUGAUAGACCAUGUUCUUCAAACUCUGUGGAGACCUUUUCAGAUCUCGAUUUAUGAUAUUCAAAAGAAUGUAACUUUCCUCUUCUGCCGAUAGUUCUAGCAAUUGCGUGACUGAAACUACCUGAACCAGUGCCGGAUUCAAUUACGACGGAAGAAGGUUUAAUGUUGAGGUUGAGAAGGAUGAAACUGAUGUCUGUGUUAUACAGAAUCUGAGUUCUAUGUGGUAGUGCGUUUGUCCAUAGUUCUGGCGUAGGUUUCAACAAAUGAAUGAAACCUUUGUUAUUUGUAGAAACGAGCUUAUCACCAAAACGCUUAUUUAUGAUAUCAUUCGUAUUAAAUCUACCAAAUUUAUUUUGAAAUAUUUUAUCAGAUUCUAUCUUUAAAAGUUGUUGCUGCUCUUUCGUUAACCAUAAGACGACUAGGUCGUGCUCUUUAAUGAACUUUGACUGAUCAUUUAGCAUUCUCGUAUUCGUCUCUCGUCAACGUCUUCUGACUGAACGCGUGUAAAUCCUUUAUCUCUUCCUUUAAAUAAUCGUUGAUCAGUCUGUGUCUCUUUAUUGUGAUUAAGCCUUUGAAUAUAUCGCUAACUAUCAGAACUUGGAAGCUCUGACCGCAACCACCGCUGACGUCCGUCACCCUAGCUUCAGAUACGUCUGGCACUUUAUCUAAUAUCCUUUCCUUAAAUUUUUCUUCGUCCAUUUCUAUAACCAACUUCUCUUAGAUCGUCGUCCAAUAAGAGCGAAUUAAUAAAAUGAACAGAUCAUUAGCACUCAAUAACAAUUUAAAAUCCGCUUUCAAACCUUCUUUGGCUGGCUCCUUAAACGUUGUUUUCAACGCUGGUACUAGGUUUGAGGACAACCAGGGUGUAGCAAACGUAUUAAAGAACUUUGCCUUUAGAAACACCGCAGAGCGCUCCAGUUUACGUCAAGUUAGAGAAGCUGAAGCUGCAGGUGGUGUUUUAUACUCUACACUCACAAGAGACAACUUGAUCCUUUCAGCUGACUUCUUGCCUCAACACCAAGAACUUUUCGUUCAGAUUCUCGCUGAUGUUGUCAAAUCAACCAAGUUUACUCAACAUGAGUAUGACGAAGCCGUAAAACCUGCUCUUCAAGCAGAGUUCAACGCUGCUCAACAAAACGCUCUCAUUCAAGCUAUUGAUACUGCUCAUACUAUCGCUUUCAGAAGAGGUUUGGGUAACUCCCUCUUCUCAGCUUCUGAACACCCUGUCAAACUUGAAGACGUUAAGGCUUAUGCUAGCAAGGUUUACUCAGCUGAUAAUGUAGCCUUUUUAUCAACCGGUCCUUCAGAUAUCUCUUCUUCACUUUCAAAGUACUUCUCCGGUUUGUCUUCAACCGGUCAAGCUCAAACUCAAAAGUCUCAAUACUUUGGCGGUGAACAACGCUUGAACCUUCCACACGAAGGUCAUGCUUUACCUUCCGCCUUCAUUUCAUGGGGUUCUACUUCCUCAUCACCAGCUCACACCGUUUUGGCUGAACUUUUGGGUAGCGGAUCAAACAUCAAAUGGAACAAGGGAUUAUCCCCAUUGGCUGCUAUUGAAGAAGCUGACGUUAAGGCCGUUAACUUUGAAUACUCUGAUGCUUCCCUCUUCGGUUUCGCUGUUCAAUCUUCAUCUGAAUCAAACGUUAAGAAAGCUUCACAAAAGGCUGUUGAAGCAUUCAAGAAAAUCGCUCAAAAUGGCGUUGAAUCAACUCAAUUACAAGCCGCUAUCGCUAAGUCUAAGUUUAACUACACACUUUACGCCGAUUCAGCUGAUGGCUGGAAGCAAAUCAACGGUAAUGGUCUCAUAAACAACAACCUUAAGUCACUUGAUCAAGUUCUUGGUGAAUUCGAUGCUGUUUCUACUUCAUCCAUCCAACAAGCUGCUGCUGAUCUUCUCAAGAACAAGGUCACUUUGGUUACCGUCGGUGGACGUGAAUUACCAUACGCUGACGAAUUAGGCCUCUAAAGUACCCAUACAAUCAAAAAUAAACCAAAACAAUUAUAAUAUUUUCCUUUUUCUUCGUUAGAAUGAAUACAAUUCAAA